AUGCGGUCAAAUCAAGGUGGCCCGCAGCAGGCAGCAACAGGCAGCAGCAGCAACACGUCUGUGACUCAGCUGGCAGACAAGGCCACAGCUUUAGCGCCAAUCCCGGCUGUAGCACCGGUUCCGGCUGUAGCGCCAAGCUGUGGUGGCAAUUCUGCUGGUUUCCCCACCACCACAGCAGCAGCAACGUCGCCUGCUGCGCCUCCAGCUGCUCCCCCGCAGCCCCCCAAGCCCAAGUAUUUCAUCGAGAUGGGCAAGAUCCGCGUGUCAGGGAUCCACACUGCUCUGACUCAUUAUAAGACGAUCCUUUAUAUCGAUCGCACGGAUGUCAGCAACACUUAUGCCAAGCUCCUAAACGGAAGGACUGCUUAUGCUGAGGAGUACAGUUUUGAGACUAACUCGCUGAGGGCUCUGGACGUCAAGUCCAAUGUCUUCUGCUCUGCAGGUGCCAUCGACGCAUAUGGUCGGCUGAUCAGCAUCGGAGGCACAUCAGACGCCAAUGCCACCAACCUGGCCGACCCUCUCCUUGAUGGAUCUGCCUCCAUCCGCUCCUUCACCCCUUGCCCCCCUGCUACUGCUGCCCCUACUGCUGCUGCCACCGCUGCCACUGCUAGUAGCGGCACUGCCAAUAAUGGCGCUAAUAACACCAGCAGUGCCAGCAGCAGCAGCAGCGGCAGUGCCAGCGGCAACAGCAGCAGCAGUGGGGGGUGUGAUUUCUCCCUGGUCGGCCAGAUGACCUCCAAGCGGUGGUACCCCACGGCCCAGCUCUUACCAGACGGCCGUAUCUUCAUUGUUGGGGGUGCCAAUGUGUUUGGCAACUUGGCGAUCAACUCAGUUCAAAACAACAACCCCACCUUCGAGUUCUGGCCCAGGAAGGAGGGUGAAGGCAACUACAAGCUUCGCUUUCUGGAAGAGACUCUUCCCUACAACCUCUACCCAUUCGUGCACCUGCUGCCUUCGGGGCAUCUGUUCAUAUUUGCAGGGCAACGGGCUAUCCUUCUCAACUACACCACCAACACAGUGUAUCGCACUCUUCCUCCUCUGGACGUAUCCCGCUUCGGCCCAGCCAACACCAACAUCUUUCGCUCCUACCCUGUCACUGGCUCCUCUGCCAUGCUACAGCUCUCCUCAGCUGACGGGUACACGCCAAGGAUUCUCAUCUGUGGUGGCAGCAGUAGCGCCGCUGAUCUCACCAAUCGGGACAAUCGCACGGGGGCGUGCCUUGGUUGUGCUGCCCCUGCCACGGCCACGUGUGGGCUCAUUUCGCCCAUGGACCCCAACCCUAAAUGGACCUACGAGAUCAUGCCUGUUGCACGUGUCAUGCCAGAUGCCGUGCUCCUAUUGGACGGUACGGUUCUCAUCUGCAACGGAGGCAGGAGGGGCUUCCAGGGUCUGAAGCAGUCGUACGCUGGAGGAGACGUUAGGACCCCAGUCAUCUACACCCCUACCAACCCACCUGGCAAGCGCUUCUGGCAGGUUCCAGAGUCGAGUCGCUAUGCUCGCAUCUACCACUCCUCUGCUCUGCUGCUCAUGUCUUGA